UCGUGGAGGCGGGACUUGUCGGAAUACGGGUGGAGGGGAAAUAAUGCUUGCUAGCCGCAGUUUUGGUGAUACUCCAUGAACUGUUUGUAUUUAUUAAAACAAAGGCCUUCAAUCAGCCGUAUUACGGCUCAGCUCAGGUUAGACUGCUUUGUUGUGGUGUGUUUGGUGCGUGACAAGAUUAACUUUAUCCGGUGUGUGCGGAAAUGAAGUGUAGCUGUGAGGCUAGUCAGGCUAGCAAACCGUGUUUGUUUUUGUUUACAGUAAAUCAGCUGGAGACAAAAGUUUACUCUUGAUAACUUUUAAUGGAAUAAAGUUGUAUAGUUCAAACUUGAUCUAGUCUAUGUGGUAACUGAGGUGUUAUUAGCCGGUCGCUUCAGAGGGACAGACAGUCAUGCUGUACUUCUGUAAAGGUCAUUAAUUACUUAAGUAUGAAGUGUUACGGGAUCCGUAGGUCUAAAGCCUGAGAGAUUUUAUUAUAGAUCAUAAUCAACACCACUGUUCUGUUCUGCAGCUAAACAUGCUGCUGCUUUCCUAACAUUUACAGAGCAUUAAUCAGUGAUAUACUGAAACAAUGCAGUGUGUUUAGUCUGUGAAGAUUUAAAGAAGUGGACAUGUGAUAGCCUUCAUAUGAGCUUUAAAAGAAGAGACCAGACUAAAGAGUGUUACAGGGAGUAAAAGGUGCUGCGUGUGAAAGAUGUUUGGCGUGACGCAGACAUCCAAGUCUCAGUUCCUGGAUAAAGCGCGUAUAGCGCGGGAGGAAAGGAAGGGGCUGAAGGAGAAGGAGCAAGCAGCCAUGCAGAUCCAGGCUCUGGUGCGCAGGUUCAUCUGUCGCUGUAGACUGCAGAAAGACAUCAGGAAAGAGGUGGACGAGUUCUUCACUGCAGGGGAAACAGUAACCUCUAAGAGAAAUGCGCUGUCCAUCUUUAAAAUCACCAGAAAAUUAUUAUUCAUAUUCAACAAAGAUGAUAAACUGAGGUUUGAGGAACUCUGCAGGAUGAUUCUGAACAGCAUGGAGGCUGAAAACGAGCCUAAAGUCUGGUACGUUUCUCUGGCACUUUCGAAAGACCUGACCAUCCCCUGGCUCAAACAGAUCAAAGACGUGCUCUGGCUCUCCUGCGAGUUCCUCAAAAAACUCAAGCCGGACAUCCUGCAGGAUAAUAAAUUAGUGACUCUGUAUCUGAAGAUGCUCAUAACCUUUACUGACACAUCCACAUGGAAAAUAGUACGAGGGAAAGGUGAGGCACUGAAGCCUGCGUUAAACAGGAUUUGUGAGAACAUAAUGGGUCACCUCAAUCAGAAGGGAUUCUACUCUGUUCUACAGAUUUUGUUAACCAAUGGACUGGCGAGAUCCAGGCCCUCUCUCACUAAAGGCAUGCUCACGGCCAUCUUCAUCCUGUCAAUCAGACCUGUCGUAGCAGCACAUUUUUCUGAUAACCUUCUGAGAUCUUUCCUCCUCCACAUCAUGUCCGUCCCUGCCAUCAUCUCCCAUCUCAACACACUCACCCCAGACUGCAUGGUCACUAUACAGUCUCAUGAUCUGAUGAGGAAGUUUAUCUUGUUCCUGAGUAGAGAAGAACAGUGUUUGGAUAUCUGUGUCUGUCUGGAGGGAAGUCAUACACUCUGCUUACUGGGGAACCUGAUACAGCUGGGUUACCUGAAUGUGAAGGUGCUGGAGCAGGAGGCCGGUCACUUUGUGAGAGAUCUGACAGACAUGUUGGCUUACUGCCAGAGAUACGUCUCUCAGAAACAGUCCAAUCUCACACACUGGCACCCGGUGCUGGGCUGGUUCUCCCAGACUGUCGACUACGGGCUGAAUGAGUCGAUGCCGCUGGUGACUCGGCAGCUGCAGUGUCUUUGGGGUGUUCCUGUGAUCAGCACGCUGUUCUGUGACGUCCUCAGCAAAAAACUGGAUGUGCAUGAACCCGCCUCUUCUCCUCCUCAGCCAACCACAGCACAGAACAACCUGCCUGUCAAAAAUCUUUUUAAACGAGCUUUUCAGAAGUCAGCGUCAGUCCGGAACAUCCUGAAGCCGGUCGGGGGGAAGAGGGUGGACUCAGCCGAGGUGCAGAAAGUGUGCAGCGUGUGUGUGCUGUAUCAGACGGCCCUCACCACACUCACACAGAUACGCCUGCAGAUCCUCACAGGUCUGACAUAUCUGGAUGAGCUGCUGCCGAAGCUGUGGGCAUUUAUCUGUGAACUCGGACCUCAGGGAGGACUCAAACUGUUCCUCGAGUGUCUCAACAACGACACGGACGAGUCCAAACAGCAGCUCGCCAUGCUCAUGCUCUUCUGUGACUGCUCACGACACCUGAUAACGAUCCUGGAUGAUAUUGAAGUUUACGAGGAGCAGAUUUCCUUUAAGAUGGAGGAGCUCAUCACCAUUUCUUCCUUCUUAAACACGUUUGUGUAUAAAAUGAUUUGGGAUGGCAUUCUAGAGAAUGCAAAAGGAGAGAAGCUGGACCUGUUUUACAGUGUGCACGGCUGGCUGAUGGUGCUCUAUGAGAGAGACUGUCGCAGGAGAUUCACACCUGAUGAACACUGGCUACGCAAGGAUCUGAAACCUACUCUGCUGUUCCAAGAGCUGGACAAAGGCAAGAAGAGAGCUCAGCUGCUGCUGCAGUACAUCCCUCACGUCAUUCCACACAAAAACAGGGUUAUCCUGUUCCGGAACAUUGUGACGAAAGAAAAGGAGACACUGGGAUUGGUUGAGACAAGCUCCGCCUCCCCACAUGUAACACACAUAACGAUUCGACGCUCUCGCAUGCUGGAGGACGGUUAUGACCAGUUGCGUAGGCUUCCUGCGAACUCCAUUAAAGGUGUGAUCCGUGUGAAGUUUGUGAACGAUCUGGGAGUGGACGAGGCUGGGAUAGAUCAGGACGGAGUGUUUAAAGAGUUUCUGGAAGAGAUCAUUAAGAAGGUCUUCAACCCUGCGCUCAACCUGUUCAAGACAACAAGUGGGAACGAGCGUCUGUACCCCUCACCCACGUCCAGCCUCCAUGAGAACCACCUCCAGCUGUUUGAGUUUGUGGGUAAGAUGCUGGGUAAGGCGCUGUAUGAGGGCAUCGUGGUGGAUGUCCCGUUCGCCUCGUUCUUCCUGAGUCAGGUGCUCGGACACCAUCACAGCUCCUUCUAUAGCUCCAUCGACGAGCUGCCUUCACUCGACUCCGAGUUCUACAAGAACCUCACCUCCAUUAAGCGUUACGAUGGUGAUGUCAGUGAUCUGGGUCUGACUUUAUCAUAUGAUGAGGAUGUGAUGGGGCAGUUAGUGUGUCAUGAGCUGAUUCCAGGUGGAAAAACCAUUUCUGUUACAAAUGAAAACAAGAUCAGCUACAUCCACCUGAUGGCACAUUUCCGGAUGCAGACACAGAUAAAGGAGCAGACUGGAGCGUUUAUCCGCGGUUUCCGCAGCAUCAUUUGCCCUGAGUGGCUACACGUGUUCUCCACCCCUGAGGUGCAGCGGCUCAUAUCCGGGGACAACGCAGAGAUCGAUCUGGAUGACCUCAAAAAGCACACUGUGUACUACGGCGGCUUCCACAGCAGCCACAGGGUGAUCAUCUGGCUGUGGGACAUCCUGUCCAGUGACUUCACUCCUGAUGAGAGAGCCAUGUUCCUCAAGUUUGUCACCAGCUGUUCCAGACCUCCUCUGUUGGGUUUCGCAUAUCUCAAACCUCCUUUCUCCAUCCGCUGUGUGGAAGUGUCUGAUGACCAGGACACGGGGGACACUCUAGGCAGCGUGCUCCGCGGUUUCUUCACUAUACGUAAGAAAGAACCAGGUGGACGUCUGCCCACCUCCUCCACCUGCUUUAACCUGCUCAAGCUGCCCAACUACAGCAAGAAGAGCAUCCUCAGAGACAAACUGCGCUACGCUAUUAGCAUGAACACGGGCUUCGAGCUCUCUUAACACACACCUAAACAUACCUCCUGACUGUUCCUAAUUCUGCAAUGAUCAAACAUGUGGCAGAGAAAACAAUAUCGAGCUUUGAUUUACUCCGCACAGGACGUAGUUAGAAUGUGUUUAUUUUACACACACACACACACACACACACACACAAUGAAUGGAAAAUGUAAGAGCUCUGUCGUACUCAGCAUCUGAAGCCAAAGGACCUCUCCAGGCGUUUUUCACCUCUGUCUGGAGUGUGAACCUCGAUCAGAACUCCCUCAGCAGAUAAUAUUCCUGAUUUCAUUUCAGCAUCAGCUCAAAAACUUCACCCUUUACAUGGAAAAUCUCUCACUGCUGUCUGUGAAGUUUGAUUAGAACACAGAGCCACUUAUGGAUGUUGCUCUAACGCCAGGGUUUGGAUAGAGUAUUAAAGUCAGGUUUUUAUUACUCACCCUGCUGGACCUUCACUUCUCAUGAGGUUUGGGACAGAACCCCUCACAGCAGUCCAAGUGCAAGACAGCGAGUGUUUCUCAGGCUUACAGACAGAGACGUGGACUCAACACUCACUUAAUCUCUGCAACGGAAAGCAAUACGAAUGCAACACAAAGCCAUGAAACACACAACAUGAAGAUUUACUGAGACGUCUGUGUAGAAUAAAUUACACUGCUGUUUGGAUCACUGCUGUUGGUUCAUAAUGUGUCAUCAUGUGAAGAUCUAGAAUAACAAAUUUCCAUGUUUUUUGUUCCCUUUUACACUACAGGAGGAGAGAGGAGCAUAUUGAAGUGACUUUUUGCACAUGAUUUUAAUUCGAGCAGCCUGCCUGGAGUUUGUUGAUCUAAUUUACUUUGAUUCGUUGUUGAAAAGAUUUUAUUGGUCUGAAAAUGAGACGAGUUAGUGAGCAGAAAUGAUCUAUUGUGUAAAUAUACAGUCAGAUGAGAAAUGCUGCAUCUUCAAGACCUAAAGUAAUUCUAUGUUGUAAUUCUAUGCUGCACAAACCAUUUUAUUACAACUAUUUUGUAUUUUAUUUCACUAUUUCUUCAUGCUUUGGUUUUCAGUUCUCUUGUUUUUUUCAGCUGCUUAAAAUGUUUGUUGUUUAUUUCUUUGCCCUUUUUUUAACUUUUAAUAUCUUGUCCUUAUUUAUGUCCUUGAAGACUGUUGACUAACAGUUUGCACCCACACACACACACACACACACACACACAGCUCUGUCCAUCAUCUGAGUGUUACACUGGAAACAAGCCAUAAGAAGGAGAUGAGUGAGUCUUAACCUGUUCCCUGAUUAUUUUUUUGAGACUGGACUCUGAAGCUCUCUGAAGUUCUCUUGCAUGAUGUCACUGGAUGCUUCAAAACUCUGGUCCUGUUACUCAAUUUACAAAUGAGGGCAUUCUCUUUUUUUCCUUUUAAGAUCUAAAAAGUAUGAAUGAGAUGUAAACAGGUGUUGGUGCAUGAGCUGGUGAAAGAGCUGAUGAUGUGCUUUUAUAAAAGACUGAAGAUGAAGAGCAAUAGCUUCUGUGCAGAAACCUUUUAUUUUGUAUGGAUUUUUUUCCCCAGCCACUGUACUGUGUGUGUAUAAAAUACUAAAUUAGAAUCUUGUACAUCAGCCUCACAGCAGUGCUUGUCAUCUUUUUGUUUGUUCCUGCAUGUUGUCCACACUCUGCAUUUCAAUCACAGUGUUAGUGUGUGUUCUUUAGAUAAUGGUGCUGAUCUGCAACAGACAUAUUGCAUGAUGGGGUUUAAUGUGGUGUGUAGUCAGAGUGUUCAGGUCUGUAAAUCACUGCUGCUUGGCUUGUGUACUUGUUCUCUCUGACAUUGAGAGGCAGAUAUCCAGCAUGUAUUUGUACCCAACUUCCUAUUUCCUGCUUAACGAUACUGCUGAUUCUACUUAAAUGUUGAACACAAGGGCUUUGGACUGCAAAUCUUUCCAGAUGGACUGGUGUGUUCCUGCUGUCUACAGUUCUGUCUCUGUGUGUGUCUGUUCUCCAGGUUGUAGGACUGACUUUUAAUGCAAAGCAAACUUAAGAUUUUAAUAAGGUAACAUUGUAGACUGAAUUUGACUGAUGAUUGUCAGAAUUUAAUUAUGUAAAAUCUUUCUUUCCUCCAAUUAAGAGAUCUAAAUCUUAAUAAUUCCUGUUUCUGGUCUUCAGUAUUGCAGGUUUCUAUAGGAACAAAAAUAAACUGUCCUUGUAAAAUUCUGUAUUAUCACACAGGUAGUAAAAUUUAUUCUGUAAAAAUAGCUUAAUCAGUUGGACAUGUACACAUUGGAAUAUUCUAAACUCUUUACUAUUCAUCAUGUGUGUUUGUGCAGUUUAUUCACCAGUUUAUUUCAUUUCUCAGUGAUGUUAAAUUCUGUGUUCUGAUUGGUCAGAAGGUGUUGAUAAAUUUUCUGUAAGCUGUAGGCAGUGGUGCAGAUACGAAUGACAGUUAUAUUAAAGCACUCGCUCUAA